AUGUGGAAGAACUCAAGCCUCCGCUGCCUUUUAGCACUAGCUAUUUUAUGCUUAAGGAGCUUAAUGUAUAGCCAAGAGAUAGGUUCUCUAGGGGACCCCCAAAAUUUGAAAUGUGUAACGCACAAUUUGCACAAAAUGCUCUGUACGUGGGAUGUCUCUUCUAGAGGAAGGCAAGGACAAAUUGAUUUUUGCUACACUACCAAUGACCUUACACCUCAAGUGUGUUUUAAAACUAAGGAGAGGAGGGUUGAGAUUCCAAUCCCAGAGAGCUCCAUCACAGUGACAAUCAAAAGCUCUGGAACUGCUUUUACUACCAAUGAGUUUGUAAUUCAUCAGAAAGACAUCUCAUUUGUUCCCAUCACUCCACACAUUAUUAGUUUAAUGCCUGAUUUUCCAACUUCCACAUUAAAUCUGAAGUGGAGUGAUAAUGGAUCAGUUUUCCCAUAUGGAUUGGAUGCCCUUUGGCAGAUUCAGAUACUUCGGAAAGAACCAAUGGAAGUAGUCACACAAGUUACUUACUUCUCAAAACUGAUUCAUGAAAACGUCAUUCUUUCUUGGAACUGGACAUCAGAUAUGCCUCUGGAGUGCACAUCACACUAUGUGAAGAUUCGCUGUUACAUUAAUGCUACACAGUUUGUUGGCCCCAAGGAUUGGAGUGACUGGAGCCCAGCAAAAGUGAUUCCUGGAAGAGAUACUGAACCCGGUGGGAGUGGAGUGUUUCCUCUGGACCCUGUGGUGGCAGUAGGUUCAGAUUUGACCUUUUGUUGUGUCCAUGAAGAAGAUCAGCGCAUAACAAAUAUGACUUAUGGAUCAAAAUCCUACGCAAUGAUGCAACUGAGCAGUCGAAGCCAUGCCAUCAGAGUGCUAAAUGCCAGUGUUUCAAAUAGCAGCGGGACAAAUGUAGUGUGCAGACUCGAAAAUGGGUUGGAAGGAAGUGUCGUGUUUGUAGGAUAUGCUCCUGAUAUUCCCCAAAACCUCAGCUGUGAAACAUCCAAUUUUCUGAUAAUAAAAUGCACCUGGAAACCAGGCAGGCCCAGUGGACUAUAUGGAGAACGAAGAACAAAGUACAGUUUAUUUGAAAGAACAUCUGGUAAAAAUGUUUCGUGCGACGUCAGUGAAGUGAACAAAGACCAUGUCUGUGACUUUCCAGUGCUGCCUGCUCAAAAGACGUAUGAUUUCAUAUUAGGUGUCUCCAACCCUAUUGGGCAAGCAAAGUCAUCUCUUUUGCUUGAUAUAACUCAGAGAGUUCAUCCAAAAACUGCAGAAAAGUUAACUGUUACUGGGAACAACUCUACAAGCAUCCAACUACGUUGGUUUAUAAAUGGCAGCUUUGCUGAGAUCAGGCUUCUGUGUCAAAUUGAAAUUAGCAGUAGUGACUCUGAGAGAAAACUGCACAAUGUCUCCAUGCCUGGUCGGAAAUCUUCAACUUACACAGCUCAGUUGAAUGAAUUGCACCCUGACACCAAAUACCAGUUCAGGGUGCGCUGCUCAGCUGCUGACCAUUUCUGGAGGUGGAGUGACUGGAGCAGGGGAGUGGAGCAGACAACAUCAGAAGCCUCUCCUGCAAGAGGACCAGACAUCUGGAGAGAAAGAAGUCCUUCUGGUGAAAGCCUAAUAGUCUUCUGGAAGCCCUUAUCCAUUUCUGAAAGCAAUGGAAAAAUAGUGUCUCAUGAAGUGUCCUGCUACCUGCUAGAUACACUACUGGAACGUAAAGUAGUCUUUGAACCCUCAAACAGUACUGAGAUAAAACUUGGAAAAAGUGAUUGUGUAAUUAGUGUUGUAGCCAGAAACCAUGCGGGCUCAUCUCCCCCUUCAAGGAUAACAAGCGUGGAACUUCCAAGUGACAAUGUCACAACAGAUCAGGCCGUGGCAAUGGGGAAUGGAAUUAAUAUUUCCUGGGAUUUUUACCCCAACAUGACAUGUGGCUACAUAGUAAAAUGGUGUCAUUCAUCUGGGUCUGAACUCUGUAGUGUGGACUGGCAGAAAUUUCCUUCAAAUACAACAAAUGUAGUGAUAAAAUCUGCUCUGUUCAAACCUGGUGUGAGAUACAACUUUUCUUUGUAUGGCUGCAAAUCCAUGGGAUAUCAGUUGUUGAAAAACAUAACUGGGUAUAUGAAAGAGCUACCUCCAAAAACUGCACCAAAUUUUAUUGUUGAAGAAACUUCUUCAGAUUCUAUAUUGGUAAAAUGGGAAGACAUUCCUAUUGAAGAAUGCCGAGGGUUUUUAAAAGGAUAUCUUCUUUCCUUUGCAAAAGGUGAAAAAGAUACUUUAAAGCCUAGACUUUCAGAAUCAGGGAAUCCAGAACUUAAAGUUAAUAAUAUCACUGAUUUAACAAAGAAGUCUAUGAAAAUACUUGAUCUUCAAGGCAAAACAAGUUACCAGCUGGAACUACAAGCCUACACUGCUGGUGGGUUGAGCCCUCCAAACAGCCUCUAUGUGGUGACAAAGGAGGACUCUGUAGGAUUAAUCAUUGCAAUUCUCAUCCCUGUGGCAGUGGUGGUGCUGCUUGGAGUGUUGGCCAGCAUCUUCUGCUACCGAAAGAGGGAAUGGAUUAAAGAAACAUUUUAUCCAGAAAUCCCAAAUCCUGAGAACAGUAAGGCACUGCAGUUCCAGAGGAACAUCUGUGAGGGGAGUAAGACACUUAAAACACUGGAAAUGAACCCGUGCACCCCCAACAGUGUUGAAGUGGUGGAAACACAGUCUACAGCUCCAAAGAUUGAAGAUACUGAGAUGAUGUCCCCAGCAGCAGAGACCACUGUGCCUGAAGAUGGCUCUGAAUCAGAAAUGGAGAACCACAUUGUUGUGUCCUACUGCCCCCCUAUCAUUGAAGAGGAGAUCUCAAAUCCCCCUAUGGAUGAGCCUGGGGGGUCAUCUCAGGUGGUUUACAUUGACAUCCAGUCAAUGUAUCAGCCUCAAAUUAAACCAGAGGAGGAGCCAGAAAUAGACUUAGUGACUACAGCAGGCUAUAAGCCACAAAUGCAACUGUCAAUCAGUGCUCUAAAAAUAGAGGGUCAUUCACCUGUGGAGGAAGAAUUGGAUAAAACUGCAGGUUACAGACCUCAGGCAAACACAAACGCCUGGAACUUGGGCACUCCAGACUCCCCUGGAUCGAUUGAAAGCAACAAUGAAAAUGCAUCUUUUGGGAGCCCAUGUUCAAUUAAUUCCCGACAGUUUCUGCUUCCCCCAAAAGAUGAUGAAGACUCUCCUAAACCCAUUAACACAGGGUGGUCCUUCACACACUUUUUUCAGAACAAACCAAAUGAUUAA